UACGAACUUAACACUAGUAGUUCAGAUAAAUGUUUGGAGGCACGAAGGUGAUAAGAAAUCGUGCCAUUUUCAUAUUGGAAAACCGAACAUCAAGCCACUUUUUGCCGGCCGGUCCAAAUUUGAAAUUUCCAGUUCUGACGGAGUGGUGAGUGAGCCGUAGCCGCCGACGAGACGAGACGAUUAGAUGACUCUGCAAAGCUUCUUAAAAACCCUAAAGACAGCUAAACAGACUUAUCCAUUCUCAAUCUACAAGCUCCUCCUUAAUUCUUCCUCUAUAAACCAAACUCUUGAUUCAUCGGAAAACCCACUCUCCGAUCUCAAUCUCUCCACCUUUCGCCGUAUUUUAUCCGACCCAGAUAUCAAAUCAUGGAAAUGCAUCUCCCUCUUCAAUUUCAUCCUCGAAAACCCAUCUCUUUUCUCAUUCCAACCUGAUCUCAGAACUCACUUGUCUCUCACUUCCCGUGUUUUGUCGGAGAGGAGAUUCUCAGAUGCGAAAGAACUCUUGAAACUUGUGGCUAUUGACGACAUUCUCAGGUACCCUUUUAAAGUAAUCGUCUCUAGCUUUGUUGAUGAGUGUGGUUGUGAGACGAGAGUUGUUGCUAGGUUCUUUAAUUCGAUGCUUAUGGUUUAUUCAGACAAUGGAAAGUUUGAUGAAGUUGUUGAGGUUUUUGAGUAUAUGAAGAACAAUGAGGUUAAGAUUGAUGAAAAGGCAUGUACUUUGCAUCUGUUGAAUCUCAAGAAAUGUGAUCAGAUGGAAUUAGCUAGAGAUUUCUUUCGUUUAAUGGUUGAGUCAGGGCUAGAUGUUGUAUCUGUGUACUCUUUGACGGUUGUUGUUACCGCGUUGUGUUGCAAUGGAGAGAUCACGAGAGGAAGAGAAUUGGUGGAGGAGAUGGUUUUGGUUAAAGGGAUCAAGCCUAAUAUUGUUACGUUUAAGUCGAUGAUAGAUUGUUGUGUCAAAAGAUGGGAUUUUGAAGAGUUGGAUUUGAUUUUAAAGUUAAUGGAGAAGGAAAGUGUGACGCUUGAUCUCGAUAGUUACAAGGUUUUGAUUGAUGGGUUUACUAGUUAUGGUAAGCUUGAAGAAGCAGAGAGGUUGGUUUCGACUAUGCAUGAUAAGAAGCUGAGAGUAGAGACUUAUCUGUAUAAUUUGAUCAUGAAUGGGUAUUGUCGGUUCGGACUAGUGGAGAAAGCGUUUGAACUACACAGCGAAAUGAGUUCUCGAGGUGUUACUCCCAAUAAGGAUACGUAUUGGGUGUUGAUGAAUGGACUUUGUAAAGCUGGGAAAGUGUGUGAAGCGAUUAGUUUGUUGAACGAGUUGCGAGUAAAUGAGUUUGAGAUUGAUAAAGAAAUGUAUAUUGCAUUGACUGAAGGGUGUUACAGAGUAGGAAUGAUAGAUAAAUCUUUAGAAGUGGUGGCUGAGAUGAUUAGGGAAGGGUUCAUUCCCGACGCUACGAUAUGUGAAAGAUUAGCUGAUGCAUUGUUUGAAGUAAACCGGAAAGAGGCACAAAUGAUGGUUAUUGUGGUUAAGAGUGGCGUCAAACCAAAAUCUUGUUCUGAAUUUGGUCCGAAAUGAAGAUGACACACAUGUGCCCUACCAAGUCUCCAACUACAAAAACUUGGUGUCGAAGAUAUGGUAAUCUAGCUCAACUAAUACUCAAAUAUGCAAAUGAAGUAUAGUGAUGUGCACAAAGUUGGUUCUAUACCUCCAAAAGAUGCAUAUGUAAUAUACAUUCUUUGAAAGAUUAGUGGUUCCAGAUGAAGAUGAAAGCGAAUGGUGAUGAUCAAAAACAAGGUGGAGAAGGAUUGAUGAGGACAAUGAACAUGAAUUUGAUUAGGUCCAUGUUGCUGAAUCUUCCAUGACAACCGAAAUAAGAUCGAGAUUUCUUGAAGAUUGAAGCCUCAUCACCUCACGGCUUCACUAUUGACUUGAUCCACCGUCGUUCUAAUGCAUCUUCUUCUCGAGUCUCUAAUACUCAGGCCGG